AUGGAAGCGCUUAAUUUGUUUCUGCAGUAUACAAAGCAUGUGCGUUUUCUAUGUUCCUCGCUUGGACUGGACGUUCUGGGUUCGGACUUUCGAAUCGGCUUCAAAACUUACAUAAGUUUUAUGAUUCUAACAUCGUACAUUUUUCUCACUGUAAAUUCUAUUAUUAUUGCGAAAAAUGGUGCGGAUAUACUAAAACCCCUCACAUUUGCGGGAUUUUUCAUUCAAUGUGCAUUGAAAAUAUAUUUUACACUCUCUCGUGCUAAAGUGUACUACCAGAAUCACGACCAAAUCAAAAAAAGCAUUUACUUGAAGAAUCUGCAUGGGAAUGAGAAGCAAAAAAGUGUCGUUUUGAAGAACAUCAUUUUAUUACUAAACUUGAUAAAAGGAACUACGUUAUUGUAUUCAUCAACUCUUAUAAUAUUUUCUGCUUAUCCAGUGUGUAUGUAUUCAUAUGAAAAAACUGUUGUUACCAUUUUUCCACUUUAUAUUCCUGGAAUAAAAACUGAAUCGGGACAAGGAUACUGGAUUACAAACACGUUCCAUAUUAUAUACCAAAUGUAUGGCUUAUUCGGAGCUUUGGCAUCCGACACCGUCUUUAUGAUGUUUGUGUUUCACAUUGUAAGCUACACUGAGUUGCUUGCAAUAGAAUUUAAGCAAUUUUCGGAUGAUUUAAUUGAGAUACAACGUAGCAACGAUGUAAAAAAUAUAAAGUUUUGAAUGAUUUUUUGUCAAAAACAAAUGCGACAAAUAUUCCUUAGCCACAAAGAAAUUUUAGCGUAUCUUGAAUCACUUCAAGUUUGUUACGAGAACAUUUGCAAGACACAAGUUGGUUCAUGUGUGAUAACGAUUGCUUUGAACUUGUUUCUGGCACUAGUGACGGAUUGGUAUGCCUCGUAUGGGUUUUUGCUGGCGUCACUAUUUCAAUUAUUCAUAUAUGCUGUGCUAGGCACUAUUAUUCAGCUGAUGAACGAAAGAAUCAUGAAAAUGAUCUACGAUUUUCCUUGGCACCUCCUGACGAAUACCGAGGAACGAGCCUUCCAGUUGUUACUGUUCCGAAGCCAGAAACCCAUCGAGAUGCAUAUUCGUGGCUUCGGUCCGUUAAACGUUGAAGCAUUCACCGAAAUUAUGCGCCUAAUUUAAUUGUCAUUCACUAUGCUUUAUAGUUUUCUUAUCGAAAAGCAAUUGUAA